AUGACCGCGGUUCUGAUAACAGGCGCGACCGGCAAACAGGGAGGCUCACUCAUCCGAAACCUCAUCGCCCGAAAAUCUCCCUUGGAGAUCUUAGCCGUCACGCGAGACUCCUCUUCUGCUUCGGCUCAACGGUUGAAACAGCUGUCUUCCAACAUCAAACUAGUCGAAGGCAACUUGGACAACCCGGCAGACAUCUUUCGCAAUGCGCGCGCUCAGACAUCGUCUCCGAUUUGGGGUGUCUUUAGCGUUCAGGUGGCCAUCGGCAGCAACGUCGAUGAGGAAGCACAAGGAAAGAAACUGAUCGAUGAGGCCCUCAAGCAAAAAGUCAAGUACUUCGUCUACAGCUCCGUGGAUCGAGGCGGGGAACGUUCCUGGGACAACCCGACAGAUGUUCCUCACUUUCUGAGGAAGCAUCACAUCGAGCAUCAUCUGGUGGGCAAAGCUAAGGGAACCGAUAUGGACUGGGUUAUUCUGCGCCCCGUGGCGUUCAUGGAUAACAUGGUCCCCGGUUUCCUGGGCAAGGUCUUUGCGACGUCCUGGAAGAUGGCACUGAAGGGGAAGCCUCUUCAGGUGGUUGCUGUCAGCGACAUUGGUCACUUUGGCGCAGAAGCUUUUCUUAACCCGGAUGAGUACAAGGGUCGGGCGAUCUCGUUGGCGGGAGAUGAUUUGACAUUCGAUCAGAUGGCACAGGUAUUUCAGCAGAAGACCGGUCAGCGGAUACCCAUGACAUUUCAGUUCGUGUGUUCCUUGCUGCUGGCCGCUGUCAAGGAUAUGGGAUAUAUGUACAGAUGGUUCCAUGACGAAGGUUACCAGGUUAAUAUCGGCGAGUUGAGGAAGAAGCACCCGGGAUUGAAGAACUUUGGGGAUUGGCUUGCACAGGAGAGUGAUUUUGUCAAGCGAUAG